AUAGUGACUUUAGUAAAAGAAGAAGUCGUCUGUCACAUGUUGUAGUUGUCAAAUGAAUGUCACUUCGCAUUCGGUUGUCAUUGGGUUGUCGCCAAAACGUCAAAUAUUUCCAGAAAAUAAAAUUUAUCUACCAAAUUUAUAUCACGUUGAGUUUGGACUUUGUAAGUGGAAUUACUAAAUAGACCAUAGCAUAAAAUAAUGGCUUCCACUUCGGUAGAAAUCCCUGUUGAUAAUCCAGUAAUUAGAGAUGAUAUGGUUCAAACAGCAAUAAAAUUCCUAGAAAAUCCUAAUGUUGUGAAUACCUCUCUGGCUCAAAAACAAAAGUUUCUCCAAAAGAAAGGUCUAACGGAUCAGGAAAUUCAAAUGGCAUGUGAAAAAUCUGGAGCUUAUGCAGUCCAUGAACAUCAAAUUCGUCUUCCUCCUCCUUUGCCUAGUUCCAAAUUAAUGCUGAGCUCUUAUCAACCGCACAAUCAAGUUCAAUUCACCUUGUUUGAUAGAAUACGGGAAGUUCUACAUAACAUUGCUUUAUUUAGUAUUGUGGCUUAUGUUAUUCACAAGUUUUAUGAGCGCUAUAUAGCUCCGUUUUUGUUUGGCAAAAAGAAAAAAUCCCUUAGUGAUAAUAUUGAAGAAUUAGAAGAAAAUUUAAAAACUUCUGUAACGGAAUUGAAAGAUGAUUUGAAACAUGUCAAAGAGGAAGUUCACGAUUCUGAAACACACACUUCUAGACAGCUCAUAGAAUUAAAGUCUGAAAUUUCCAGUGUAAAAGGGCUACUUUUAGGAAGAAAACAGUUUCCGUCUGUAGCAAAUAGUCCAGUUGUACCACCAUCGAUACCAGCAUGGCAAAUGGCUAGCGUACCGUCGGAUACCAAUGAUGAGCACGACGGUGAUUCGGAGAGGAAAGAAGAUUUAUUAGAAGAAUUAGGAUCUGGGUCAGGUUCUUCGGAACCCGAACAUGGAAUGAAAACUAGUGAAUCCAGUUUAGAAAUUAUAUAUUCGUCCAGGGAUUGCGAUUCGGAGUCCUGUACUAGCAGAAAAAGUAACAAAGACCACACUGAUAAAGACUAGGGAAAGCAAUGAUUUUUUUUAAAUGAGAUAAAUACCAAUAUAGGCAGAUUAAGU